AUGUCAGCACAAAUCUACCAAGUACCAGUAGUUUGUAAUGGAUUAAGAGAACCAGAAUCGAUUGCACAAAUUGUAGAUGCAUUAGAUAAAUUAGACAAGGUGUUUAACGAUGUCUAUACAACCAUCAACAGUAGAAUACAAAGAGAAAGAGGUAGAAUGGAGAGUGUAACGGGUCGUCUAAACAACGUACAAUACCGUGUCAAUCAAGUGGUUGGUAGUAAGAGUGCAAUCACUGUAUUCAGCUCUGCCAGAUACCCAACUGAAAAGAAAUGGCCCGAUUACUCUCCAUUACAUGCUGAUAAAUCAAAAGCACCAUUUAAACCAUCACAUUAUCAUUUACAUGGCAUUCCAUUUAAAAGAAAUGAUGAUAAUUAUUUAGAGGUAAAUGAUUUGGUAUUUAUUGAAAAGAGUAUUGAUUCGGCUGGAAGAGAGAUUUUGGCGACUGAAGGAUUGGGACAUUUGCCAGGACACAUUCCAAGUGUCUCUAAUCUAUUGUUGUUUAAUACACAAGAGAACCCGUACAAGAAAUACACCAAUACAUUGGAUAAUCUACAAGGUGUGCAAUCUGAUGCUGUGCCACAAGUGCGUACCGACUCUAAAAAGAAAAAGUUGCAAGCUGCUCCAGUCACUGUCGAGAAGGGAGACGUUUUGCCUGCUAUGGAAGGUACCAAUGUUAAUUACAAGACGGUUAUUAAUCCCGCUGAACUUCCUACAUAUGAUUUCCCAAGUGCACUUCCUCUAAGAGGUGUAGCUGAGAAUAUUGGUUGGGUAGUUGACAAUUUAUCAACUAUUGCCCCCUCCAAUCAAGUUAGUGCAGCUCUCCCUAUUUUUGAUGGUCAACAACCAAGUGCUGAUAAUUAUACUGAACCAGUUGCAGCAACACAAUCUGUUGCAGUACAACAACCACAACAACCAACACAACAGAUUGCACAACAAUCACAACAACAGAGUAAUAUGGGAAUGGGUAUGAUGGCACCUCAACAACCUGUUACCACAAACCAACAGCCACCUAUUUACACCAAUCAUACUACCACACCAAUACAACCCAAUAUACCAACAUCUAUACCAGCCACACUUGUUCAUGGUGGUGACGAUGAUGACGACGAUGACAAUGACGAGCAAACUUCAAAUGGAUCACCCAUUGGAAAUCUUUUAGCCGAUAUUAGAAAAGGUCACAAAAACAGACUCAAAAAGGUAGAGGUCAAGGGUGGUGGUGACGAUGAUGAAGAUCAAGAUGAAGAUGACAAACCUCCUCCAAAAAAGGGUGGAGGUGAUGUAAUGUCUGAUCUCUUCUUGGCACUUUCUCGUCGUCGUUCCAGUAUUGCUGCAACCAAAAAGAAAGGAAAAAAACAAGUAUCUGAUAGUGAAGGUUCAGAUGAUGAUAAUGAAGAUUGGAAGGUCUAA